CUCACACCAGCAGGGCAGCAAAGGAACUUCAAGAAACAGGAACAGCAAUGGGCAGAAACGGAACAUCCAGUACAGGUCUACACAAGCACUGUGAGAAAUGUUUCAACCAGCAUUGUAAAGUCCCUGUGGAGAUCUUCACUUCCUGUGAGGUCAUUUCAUGUCGUCUGCACUGCGGGGCCACCUUCCACCUAUGUAAAGAAGAUGAGCACCAUCUGCUUUGUCCCAAGGCAAUGGUACCCUGUCUCAAUGCCCAUUAUGGAUGCCCUAUGUCCAUGCCCAGGCACCGUCUUGCCCAGCAUCUAGAGGUGUGCCCAGCCAGUGUGGUGUGCUGUUCCUUGGAGUGGAACCGAUGGCCCAUCCUUGAGACAGACACCACCUUCUACAGGAAUGCUAUGCAGGAACCCAACUGCCUGGACCAGCUAGAUCUAGCGAUGGCUCUAAGAGAUCAGAAGCUCCUGUUCAACUCUAUCAAGAUGGACACACUAUUUCCUGAGCUGACUGAAACGAUCACAGAACCUACCAUUCAGGAGCCAUUUGGAGCAGUUGGGGGUAUAGGUUCUGAUGGAUUGGAGGCUGGAGGAUUACACAUAGAUGAAACUGCAGGUGGCCUUGACGGUCAAGAGGUGCAGGAACUGACAGAGGAAGAGCGUCUGGCCCUGGCUAAGAGCAAGGACGUGGCCUGUUUGGAGAACUACACCAUGUGGGAAGGAAUGUUCAAAAAGGAGAUGGAAGGAUGCAGACAAACAGCGAAAAACCUGGGGGACAAAAGUGACCAGAGCAAGAAGAAAGAGGGCCAAUCUCCAUCUGCUGACAAACAUGCAAUACAGGGCCCUCAAGAUGUCCAAGAGUCCAAUAAUGUUGCGCCAGUAGAUCUCAGCAAGACUGGGUUUGCUCCCUGGCAAGAUGGUGUUCUAGACAGGCUUCGCAGAGAGGUCAAUGUGGCCGAGUAUAACAUGUACCUGGUACAUAACGGCUGCAUGCUAAUCAAUUUUGGCCAGCUGGCAGCUUGCACACCAAAAGAAAAAGACUUUGUUUAUGGGAACCUAGAGCCAAUUGAGGUGCAGACGAUCCAUGCUUUUAAUGUUCCUAAAAGCUUCACAGCCAAACGCACCCAUCUGAAAGAUCCCUCACAUGGAGCCAAGAAGGCUCACCAGAAUGUAGACACGUCCGAUUUGGGAGUGUCUGUAGAAGAGCUUCCGAAAUCAGAUGAAGUCCAGACCACUUUACUGUGCUGUCUGGAGAAAGAACUGAAAGGCCACCAGAUAUGUGAGACAGUUGGAACAGAUGGCCUCUAUGUGGACCUGGGCACCCAGACCUAUGACUUCCCCUCGGCUCCAUUCAAACCUGACACAACGCUGGCAGACAUUGCUGAGCACAAAUCCCCAAACCUCAGUGUGCAGAUUCAGACAGAAUGUGUCACAAGGAGACAUAACAAAUCCAGCUCAGCAUUUACUUACCUCUGCUGCCACUCCUUCAGGCGAGACGAGUUCCCCUGGCACUUCCGAAAUGUGCACGCAGACAUCCAGUCCUGUCUUACAGGCUGGUUCAUCCAGCGAUGCCCACUGGCUUACCUGGGCUGUACCUACAGCCAAAACCAUUUUCGUCCUUCCAAGCACCGGGCCACGGUGAGCUAUGACCAGGAUCUUGGAACUUUUGCCCUCCAGCCAAAGGUGGCAGCAUCGCUAUACAAGGGCAUAAAGACUGAAAACAGUGAGCGAAAGCGGGCAAGGAACUUGGAUUCACUCAGUCGACUACCUUUUGAGAUACUCCAGCACAUUGCAGGGUUCUUGGAUAGUAUGUCCAUAUGCCAACUGUCCCAGGUCUCAACGUUGAUGAGGGAAGUAUGUGGUACUUUACUACAACAGAAAGGAAUGGUGUCUCUCAAGUGGGAGAAGAAGACUUACUCGCAUGGUGGGUCCUGCUGGAAGGCAAGGAAAAAGGUGUGGGAGUUCAGCAGCCUGUUCUCCCCAGUGGACAAAUGGAUCUUUGAUGACGUGCCCUCUAUGGCUGAACACCUGAAGGUCUGCCCUUAUUACCAGACUGAGAGCAGGAGUGAGCCUGUGGCUUUAGCCAGCAUAAGUGAGGUCACAGAAAGACCAGAGCAAUCCCACAGCCUGGUCAGCCAGUUCCUUAACACUGGUAAAGGACAUGGAAACUGA